ACACACACACACACACACACACACACACAAACGCACAAACUCAGACCUGCUCCUUCACACACAAGCCCAGGUAUCUCACACACACAUACACACACACACACACAUUGUUGAAGUGAAGGAAGCAGUUGUGGGCCAUAAAGAAGCUCUGUCAUUUCUGCUAAGCUGAUUUUGCACCAUGUCCUCUUCCCUGUUUGCAACUCUUUUGGUGCUGCAGGUGUUUAAUGUCUGCGGAUAUUCACUGCAGGUGAAUGGAGUCGUUGGAAAGUCUGUUUUGCUUCCCACGAAGGAGGAGCGACUACUCAAAGGAAUUGGUGACAUGAAUUGGAAAAAGAAUAGUGAUGAUAUCAUCACAUUAGUGAGAAAAUCAGAAAACUCACCAUUUGAAAUCCAGCAUAUGGACUCAAACUUCACAGGGCGAUUGAUCGUGAAUAAUGACACUGGGGCUCUAAACAUCAGCAAUCUGAGAGAAGAGGAUUCUGGGGAAUAUGUCUUUGGCGGUUUAAUAUCAUCCAGGUCCCUGAAGCCAGUGACAUAUAAACUGCAAGUUUAUGAGAGGAUUGUCUCAGUGCAGGUAACCACCCAGGUCAAUAACAGCACAGACAGCUGUAAUGUGACCCUGAGUUGCAGUGUGUUUGGGAGCCACCAGGUGGCACUGUUCUGGUCCACAAAUGGAGGCAACAUUCCCGGAACAGAGAACAAAACUACCCUGACUGUGUCCCCCACCCUGGCAGAAGAGAUCUACACCUGUACAGCCAAGAACCCCGUCAGCUCCCAAAACAGCAGUGUGACAGUCAAGUCCUGCCAACCUCGCGCACCAUCUCCUGGCUUCUCACCGUGUGCACUAAAGUCAGUGCUGUUCUCCACGGGUCUGGUUGCCAUGGUUUCGGCUGUCAUCGCAGUUAAUGUCAGAGAGAGGUGCUGCAGCUUUGCAGUGAUUGCCACUUCGUACCGUCUGGCACCUCCCCCUCGCCACACCUGCACUUCACGCUCAGGACUGCUGUCUGUCCUGGUGCCACGGUGGUGGAAUGACCUCCCGGUGGAUGUCAGAACGGCAGAGUCUCUGACCUCCUUCAAGUGCAGACUGAAGACCCAUCUCUUCAGGCUACACCUUUCCCUCCCCAACUCACAAUCACCGUGAUUAGCCUUAGACCGUAAUGGCACUUAUGUAUAGAUAUCGUUACUUGUAUAGGUAUUGUUGUUGUAUUGUUGUAUUCUAGCUGCCAACUGUGGUAUGCUAGUUUGAAAGUUGAUUGUAUUCUUCAAGGGUUCUGAAUUUCUGUAUGUUUACACUAGGACUCGGAACUGUACUGUCCUCUCAGGUCCACUUUUGCACUUGUUCUUGUGUUUGAUUUGCACUUUGUUGUACGUCGCUCUGGAUAAGAGCGUCUGCUAAAUGCCACGUAACGUAAUGUAAUGUAAUUGUAGUAAUUGUUAGCCAUUAUUUGAUCUUAACAGUUGUGUUAAAUGUUUUUUAAAAUUUUUUGCUAUUACAGUAUUUUUUCAUGUCUGUGAGCUUUUAUGAACUCUCAAAUGAAUCCAAACAAAUCGAAAUCAAAUUAAAUAUGAAAUGUAAAUCAUUUGUUGCUCCAAUCAGAGCCUAGCUUGUGCUAUACGUUCUCACAGAUCCAGCGCUCCACUCUGUUAGUACUGUUUGUUACUGCAUUAAGAUGUUAAGCGAUGAAGCUGCCCCAACCGCCUUUCUAAAGGCGAGAGCAAUAAAACGAAGCUCCGCUGGAGUGAUUCAAGAAAUGCCAA